AUGUUCUGUACCGUACAGUACACUGAAACAUUCACAGCCUUAGAUGGCACCUAUCUGCUGCUCAAGAUCUAUUUGACCACUUUACGCGCGCUCUGUGUGACAACGGAUGUACAAAGGCCAUACAAAGGGAGCUAUUGGCGAGGUCCAGUUCACUGGCGUCUGCCUUGGCGCACGAGUGGCAAGUCGGAAGGCCUCGAUGGCCUGAUCCCUGUAUUUGUCGAUCAUCGUGAGCAGCCCUUAGACCCUGCUUCUCGCCUCGGCCAUCCUAGCCUUCCAGCGGCCAAUGGAGAUGACGAGCUGCAUGCGGUGCGCUACAUGGCGUACCUAGCCUGGGAGGCCUAG